CGAUGACGUCACGAGGGUCUGCAGUACCCUACCUUUCAGUGUGCCUGGCGUUAGAGUUGAAUCAGCUUCAGUAAAGGAGGGUGUUGCCCAAGAUGCUCCUGCUUCAUCUCAGCGUCUUAGCUUUGGUGGCGUCCGCGUCCACAACCAACUUGAGAACUCUCCAGCUUCGGCAGUUCAAUGCAAAUCAAGAUGUCUCCUACAGUUCCAGCAAUGGUCAGAGUCAAGGCAACGUGAAGAGUUUUGAAAACUGUGACGAUGAUAUUGAUAACCUUCCAAACGGCGCCAUUUUGUGUGCAUUCACUGGGUGCCGAAUGACCUGCGACAGAGGCUACCAGGCCGAGAUGAAGGGGCGUAUCUACCUGUUCUGUGACCAUAGCACAGGGAAACUGAUGUAUAACGGAAAGCCUUGGAGGGAAUCCGUGCCCAGAUGUGUUCCCAAGUGCGGGAAGCAGGGCUGCCUUAACGGGGGCGUGUGUGUGGCGCCCAAGCAGUGCCAGUGCCAGCCGGGCUUCAUGGGAGCCAACUGCGAGAAGGAAGACCUGUUCAUGUUACCAGGGGAGUGCGACCCCCCUUGCGAGAACGGGGGCGAGUGCAUAAUUGACGGCGUCUGCAACUGCCCCAAGUACUUCUCCGGCCUCCUGUGUCAGUACCACCACUGCGACCUCCCACGCAAAGGCCUGUCGAACAACGAUCUUGCGGGAAACCUUUCUCAGCUGAAGAUCAUAUGCAAAAGAGGCUACAAAAUUUGGUCCCGUCUCUCUCAGCUCCCCAUCGUGUGUCAAAAUGCGACCUGGGUUAUUCCUCGCCUCGGCCUCAUGAGUGAAAACGAUGUCAAUUGCUACCCUGUGUGUGACCCUCCCUGCGCAGUAGGAAGCGUGUGCACGGAACCAGAUUUCUGCGAACCCAAGAUCUAGAA